AUGGCUACUUAUAAAGUUCAUUUAUGCCACUGUAUUUCAUACGAAUUUCAACAAGGAAGAAAUAUUACAGAAGCAUGUAGAAAUUUAUUAAAAGUAUUCGGUGAAGGUACAAUUUCUGAUAGGAUAUGCAGAAGAUGGUUCGAAAAUUUGAAAAAGUUGAUUUUGACUUUUCCAAUAAGCCAUGUUCUCGGCUUGAUCGACGACAAUGUUGUUAAGGCCAUGUUUGAGCAAGAUUCUUAUCUGACAACAUUGGAGAUCACAGAAGGGCUUAAUUCAGCUCAGCAAACCAUUUCAGGCCAUAUUCGAAAGAAAGGAUUGGUGUGGAAAUACACAAGAUGGGUGCCACAUGAAUUAAGUCAGAAGAAUUUAGAUGAUCGAGUCGUCACAUUCACAUCUCUGCUUGCUCGAAACAAAAUCGAGCCCUUCUUGAACUAG